CACAGGUUGAAAAGGCGUGCCGUGGUUGGUGUGGCGCGCUUAUCGAUAUGGAAAGAGCUCCAUCAUUGAUGUCAGAUCUCUCGGCCCAUCUGCUUUCCCUCAGUUCAAAUGGCGACUGGCAUUCGAAUACUACGGUCACCGAGCUCUGUGCUCUCAAAAUGCGCUCAAUUGUCACGGAAUUUCCGACCUGAAGCGCGCUGCUUCUCCCUCUUCUCCCGCCCUAGGUCAGCCUACGAAGAGCAUGUGCCACUGAGUCCUGUGGGGCGGCUGCAGUUGGCAAUCAGCUCUGGUCUCGAGGCUUUCUUAGACCCAAGGAAAGGGGAUGCUGUUGCUGACUUUGGUGAGGCAACUGCGCAGCCGUACUUCAUAUACAAGCUUCGAGACCGCAUGCUCAUGAACCCCACUGGGCGACGAAUACUACGAGAUAGACCUCGAUUAACGUCCAAAUCACUUGACAUUCCUCGUCUUCGCGCGUUACCUUCCAACACGGUCGGCCACAACUAUGCUGCAUGGCUAGAUGCAGAGGGCGUCACACCGGACACACGUGCGCAGGUGCGGUACAUAGACGAUGAGGAGUGCGCAUACGUGAUGCAGCGAUACCGCGAGUGCCACGACUUCUAUCACGCUUUGGUGGGACUGCCGGUCUUUCGGGAAGGAGAAGUCGCCCUGAAGGCCUUCGAGUUCGCCAACACUGGACUGCCAAUGACAGGGCUUGCUGUCUUCAGCGCGCUCACAUUAAAGAAAGGCGAGUGGAGACGGUUCCUAGAUAUUUACGGACCCUGGGCGGUCAGAAACGGUGCCCGCGCCGACGAUGUGGUCAACGUCUACUGGGAAGAAGAGUUGGAGACGGAUAUCAACGAAUUGAGAACAAGACUUGGCAUUGAAACGCCACCAGAUUUGCGCGCAAUGCGCAGAGAGGCGCGUGAAGCGCGUAGAAGAGAGAAGGAAGCGAAGGAAGCCAUGGCGCGGGCUGCUGUAUGAUUACUAACAAUGGACAAAAUCCAAGACGUGUUCACACUAUCACCAGUCCUUAUUCUGAGACGACUACUUUUGACCAGACGCGCAAGACGACAGGCAGAACUUCGGACCGCACCGUUCGGAUUACCGCAAGUCGGCAGCCCUUCCUUUCGCAUAGCAGCAAGACUGGAUGCGAAUAUGUCUAUACUCUCAUAGCUCUGGAAAUGUUGUCUACCUGCGACCAAUGGGUCGCGAGGGAAAACACGUUGGAAGACGCGGAAAAUGAUGAUGCAGGGUCGAAUCCUGAAGGACAAUCGAAGCCCCAUCUGUGGGGCGCCCAGAAGCACGGCAUCGAUCAAGACAAAGGGAUGCGCUUGUCAUUCAUCUCUAGACGGUCGCUAACUUGAGAUCUUCAAAUAGAAGAAAGGUCCAUCGUCCUUCUA